AUGACACUCACAGCAAAGGGGCACCCAUGGCAAAAGCAGCACCCAGGACACGAGUGGCAACAAAGACUCCAGGGACAGCAGGACAAGAGUGACACCCGAGACACCACUGGCAUCUGUGACAAGAGUGAUACCCGAAACACCCACGGAACCCAUGACAUCAGUGGCCUCUGUGAAACGAGCGAAACCAGUGGCACUCAUGACACCCAAGACAUCAGCGGCACUUAUGACACCCACGACACCAGCGGCUCCCAGGACAAGAGCUACACCCAAGAUACCAACUGCACCCAUGACACUUGGGGCAAAAAUGGCACCCAUGGUAAGAAUGGCAGCCAGGACAAGAACAACACCCAAGACAUCAAGGGCACUCAGGACAAGAGUGGCACCCGAGAUAACAGUGGCACCCAUGACACAAGCAGCACCCUUGAGACUCGCAGCAAGAGCUGCAAACCCAUGCCAAUAGAGGCACAUAAGACACCAGCAGCAUCCAGGACAAUAGUGGCACCCGAUACACCAGUGGUGGCCAGGAAGAGACAAGAGCAGCACCCAUUGCAAGAGCAGCACCAGAGACACAAGUGGAACCCCGGACAAAGCAUCAGCCUAGUCACCAGUGGACCCCAGGAGAAAAGCAGCACCAGGAAAACCAGCAGCACUCAUGACACACAAGUCAAGAGUGGCACCUUAGACACCAGUGGAACCCAGGAAAAGAGCAGCACUCGAGACACCAGCAGUUCCCAGGCCAAGAGCCACACCAGACACACCAGGUGCACCCAUGACAAUUGGGGCAAAAGUGGCACCCAUGGCAAGAAUGACACCCACCAUACCAGCUGCACCCGUGACACUUGUGGCAAGAACAGCACCCAUGGCAAAAAUGGCAGCCAGGAAAAGAGCAGCACCCGAGACACCAAGGGCACCCAGGAAAAGAGUGGCACCCGAGACCACCAUAACACUCAAGACAAGAGGGGCAUCCAAGACAACAGUGGCACCCACUCAAGAGUGGCACCCAAGAGCAGCACCAGAGACACCAUCUACACCCGUGAUACUUGGGGCAAAAAUGGCACACAUGGCAAGGAUGGCAGCCAGGAGAAAAACAACACCCGAGACACCAAGGGCACCCAGGACAAGAGUGGCACCCGAGAUAACAGUGGCAACCAUGACACCAGCAGCACCAGGCACACAAGUACCAGCGGCACCCAGGACAAUAGCGCCACCCGAGACACCAGUGGUGGCCAGGAAGAGAGCGACACCCGAGACACCAGUGGCACUCAGGAAAAGAGAGGAACCCGAGACACCAGUGGCACCCAGGAAAAGAGAGGCACCAGAAACACCCACGGCACUCAGCUCAAGAGCAGCACCCGAGAUACCUGCCACACUUGUGACACUCGCGGCAAGAGUGGCAACCAUGGCAAGAGCAGCACCAGAGACACCAAUGGCACCCAGAACAAAGUCACACAAGGCAAGAGCAGCACCCGAGAUGCCAGUGGCACUGGUGACAAGAGCGACACCAAUGACACUAUUGGCACCAGUGACACUCGCCCUAAGAGUAGCCCCCAGGUGAAGAGAGGCAACAAAGAAACCAGCUGCACCAUUGACACUCACGGCAAAGCAGCAACCAUGGCAAAAGGGGACCUGACAACCCAGACCCAGGACAAGAGCAGAAGCCAAAAUACCAGCAGCACACAGGACAAGAGCGGCACCCAAGACACCAGUGACACUGCGGAGAAGAGUGCCACCAUAGACACCAGCCACACCCUUGACACUCGCAGCAUGACUAGCACCCAUGGCAAGAAUGGCCUCUGGGACACCAGCAGCACCCCGCACAAGAGUGGUACCCGAGAAAACCGGGACACCAGGGACACCAAAGACACCAAGAACAGCCAUGAAAAAAGUGACACUCAGGACACCCGUGGAACCCGCGAGCGAGUAACACCCGACAAAAGGAACACCCAGAACAAGAGCAGCAACAGAUUCACCAGCUGCACCCAUGUCACUCAUGGCAAGAGCGGCACACAUGGCAAGAGUGGCACCCGAGAACACAGUGACACCCAGAACAAGAGCAGCACCCUAAACACCAGUGGCACCCAGGAAAAGAGCAGCACCCGAGACAACAGCUGUACCCAUGACACUUGCGGCAAGAAUGGCACACAUAACAAGGAUGGCACCCAGGAUGGGAGCAGCACCCAAGACACCAAGGGCACCCAGGACAAGAGUGGCACCCGAGACACCAGUGGCACCCAUUAA